CGACUUGACCCUCCUGACAAAGCAAGAAGUUUUAGUCGACGUCGAGUCUCCGAAGAGCAUCUAGGGACCACGAGGAGUCGAUUGUAUCGGCUAAUCGACGAGAGACUCGAGAAGACUCGAAGAGACACCCUGGAGAGAGGACCAAGAUGCUGAGACGAGAAUUCGCCACAAAGUCCCUAGACUAUUCGAGGUUCAUCUCGAAAAGUGCCGGCAGACGUCGAGCGAACAUGAUCAGGAAGCUGACCGAGGCUUACAUGGUCGCCCCGAAGACAACCCCGCCGAUAUUCUUCGCGGGGGGUAUGCCGAAUAGCGAGACCUUCCCCUUCAAGGAAGUGGUGGUGACCCUGAAGGACGGCCUGAAGUGGACCCUGGACGAGAGUGAGUUGAGCGUGGCUUUGCAGUAUGGACCUACCCAAGGGUACCCGCCGCUUGUAAAAUUGUGGAGGGAGUUCCAGAAGACCUGGCACAGUCCUAAGAGAGAGGACUGGGAUGUCGUCUUCACCUGCGGCUCCCAGAAUGGGUGCACCAUGAUCUUCGAACUGCUCCUUGAAGAAGGCCACCCAGUCAUGGUGCAGAGCCCCACGUACACCGGGAUCAUGAGUUCGUUGAACUCCCUGGCGCCGGACGUCAUCCCGAUUCCUCAGGACGUCCAUGGAAUCAUCCCAGAAAAAAUCAAUGAAGCCUUCGAGGAGCGAAUCCGCGAUGGCCGUGAGUUGCCAAAGGUGCUCUACGUGAACCCAACAGGGUCGAACCCCACCGGCGCGGUGCUUUCCGACGAGCGACGCCUCAAAGUCUACGAAUUGGCCCAGAAGUACAAUUUCCUGAUAGUGGAGGACGACGCGUACUACUUCGUCCACUUCCUGGAUAAAAAUCCCACGUCCUUCCUGUCAAUAGACACGGAUGGCCGAGUGUUGCGAUUAGACUCCUUCAGUAAGAUCAUGAGCGCCGGUCUCAGGUUGGGCGUCGUCACGGCUAACAAGGAUAUUGUCCGGAAACUGAUCCUCUCCGUGGAGAGCAACAUCAUGCACGCGUCCUCCUUGUCGCAGGUGUUGGUGCAGAAGGUGCUGCAAUCCUGGGGAAUGGAGGGCUUCCAGAAGCACCAGAAGAGCGUCCAGUCGUUCUACCGGGCGAAGAGGGACGCCAUGUUGGAUGCUCUGAAAAAACACCUGACCGGUCUGGCAGAGUGGGCUGCCCCAGAGGCUGGCAUGUUCGUCUGGAUCCGCGUUACUGCAGUGGAUAACGUGUUGCCCCUCGCCAUGGACAAAUGUCUGUCUAAAAGUAUUUUCGUGCUCCCUGGGAGCGCCUUCAGCUGGGAUGCUGCGGCCCCCAGUCAGCAUCUUCGACUUUCCUACAGCUAUGCUUCCCUCGACGACAUGGACAAGGGACUGGCUGCAGUUGCGGAGAUCAUCCGCGAGGAAGCUGGCUUGCAGACGGAGAAUGAAUCUUUAAGAUCGGAGAUCCAGUCCGAGCAUUAGGGUUUGGCGUUAUUAAUCUUAGGUAACGACCUUGUGAUCCAAAUAAAUUGAAUUAAGCGAUUAAAAGAGUUCCCCGCCUGCGGUUAGGUCCUAGAUUAAUGUUUUCUCAUUUGUGGAAAAUAAAUAACUUCGCGUGUUA